AUGUCCACGUCAAGAAAGCGCUCGGCUACUGCCCGAGGCAAAUCCCCCGCUAUAGCUCAAAAUAAGGAACCAAACAUUCCAAGGCCCACGCUCAUUCCAUUAGGGGUUCUUGAUGGGGUCACGAAAUUGUUCCAUAACAUCGAGUGGGAAAACCUUCUCAAUCUUUUGGCACAUACUUACCAUCUCCUUACUAGUGAGUUUCUUGCUGACUGCGGGUUAGACAACGAGAGGAAAAAAGUUGCAUUCCAACAUAUGGGGGAGCCGAUGCACAUCAAUUUCGCAAGGGUAAAUGACAUCUUGAGCUUACCUUCCUCAAACACAUUCGUGGAUUUCGAUUCACUGCCUCCAAAGUUCAACCACAAGAAUUUUUGGAUAGAAAUUACAAGUGGAUUCUUUUCUUGUGCCGGUCACAAUAUAGCCACCUCCAUUAUUCACCCGUGCCUCCGCAUUGCCCAUCGUAUCUUAAUGUGCACUAUUUUUUCCCACAAAGAAGUCGUUCAAGUCACGAAGAUUGAGAUAUUCUUCCUUUGGUGCAUGACACGACAUGAAAACCCAUCGAUCCUGGAUUUUGCCUCGUUCUUUUUCUACAAAUGCGCACUCAUGAAAACCAAAGCAACCGGUGAUAUUUGCAUUGGAGUAUUUGUCACUCUUUUAGCCCAAGACCUUGAUAUUAAGCUCCUGGAUGACUACUCUCCUUAG